AUGUCUGCCUCAACCGCCACCGCCUCCACCGCGCUCGCCGACUCUCCUCGCCCGGGGAGACUCCGCCGCUUCAGCCAGCUGCGCGCCUACACGCAGAACCUCUCCCACUCCUCCCCCAGUGUGCAACGGUCGCGCACUAGUUUGAGUAGUCGAGUCCCCUGGCUGUCCCCGUCGUCGGGCCCGGAGUCUCCAACGAACCUGGUGGGGAACUCCACUGCUGCAGGCCCCGAGAGCGACCAACCAGCCCUGUCUCGCUACACCUCUGCACCCACCGCAAGCUCCCACGGCCUUAGUGUCGAUACACAAACGUCGUCGGCCGAGUCCGUACGAUCGACUCCUCCGAACGAGCAAGCCCCCGCAACCUCCAAUGCCAUGGCGCGCUUGAGGAGUGCUUCGGCCGUCCAAGGUCGCCCGCCUCGUACCAUCGCGAGAACCGCCGCCCCGGAGGCUGCCACCGCCCCCCUGGAAUCCACGCCCACCGCGAGCGAUGCGCCAGACUUGACGAGCACGACCCCCGCGGACGCGGUCCAGGAGACCGCCUCAAAACCCAAACAAAAGCCGACCAUUCGAUUUUUCCCCUAUCAGGACACCUUCCAGAGCACGAGACCGUCCCUCCCGUUCGUGCCCACCGCACGCACAUUACCCUCCGAGAGCUGCGUGAUUCGAGUCGGUCGAUACUCCGAACGGGACGGCAUCCCGAUUUCCAAUCCCACCGAACCUUCGGAUGCUCCAGUGGGCUUCAAAUCGAAGGUCGUGAGCCGCAAGCACUGCGAGUUUCUGUACAGCAAUGGCCAGUGGCACAUCAAGGAUGUGGGGAGCUCGUCCGGAACUUUUUUGAAUCACAUGCGGUUGAGUCAGCCGAACAUGGUCUCUCGUCUCUACUCGAUCAAGGAUGGCGAUAUUGUGCAGCUGGGGAUUGACUUCCGGGGAGGCGAGGAGAUGAUUUUCCGUUGUGUUCGGAUCCGAAUCGAGUGCAAUCGCUCCUGGCAGCAGCAGCCGAAUGAGUUCAAUAAAAAUACCGAAAGCCUCAUCAAGAACUUGGGGAAAGGCGAUGGGGCCGACUACUCUGGCUGUCGAGAGUGUUCGAUUUGCCUCGGCUCCGUGUUGCGUCCCUACCAAUGUCUGUUUAUGGCAGCAUGUGCCCAUGUUUGGCAUUAUAAGUGCAUCAGUCGUUUACUUCACUCGCCCGACUAUCCAAUGUUCCAGUGUCCUAAUUGCCGUGCCUUUACCGAUCUUAGCGCGGAGGUCGACGACACGGCCGACGUUGUCGAGAAGGACGAGACGAAGGAGCCAACCGACGCGGCAUCGUCGAAUGAGUCUGCGGAGCCUCGCUCAGAGACACUGUCAUCCGCAAACGCACACCCUGCAAAUGGCGACGAGAGCCAGGAGGUGCCCGCCCCGUUGGAACCCCACUCGGAAGAACCAGACUUGGUCACCGACGUCGAGAAUCUACAUUUACAAGACGAUAAUGAUGCGGGGUCUGUGGCAGACAUAGAAGAGCGCCGCAGCUCGGGCUCCUCCGCUCCUCCCACGAGUCACGAUGACCUUGCCCGGAGUGCCACCAUCAGCAUCCCCGGUUUUCAGCCCACUCCACCACUCAACGUUCCUGCGGCGCGACAGUCACAUCUUCGCGCGGACACCCCUGUUCGCUCGGAGACCUCUGAUGAAAACCCUCUGACCCCACGGAACGACUCGGGCCCGCUGGCCUUUGAUGGUCGCGCAGGCAUGCGGUGA